UCUGGAGAUUGGUUGUACACUAAUUGAACUUAACACUACUGAACUGAACACUUAAAAUAGUUAAGAUGGUAAGUUUUGUGUUAUGUGGAUUUUACCACAAUUCCAAAACAGGAAUCCCCUGCUUCCUGAGGGGAGAAGAAAUGACAAAGUUGUUCACUUGCUGAAAGUUGCCCAACUGGCAAGUGUUCCACACAGAUGCCCAGUGUCAGAGGGCGUGUCCGCCUCCCUUUGGCCUUCCCCGGGGAGAAGCAGCAAGCAGCAGUGUCGCGGUCGAGGAAGUAGGGAGAGGGCAGGUUUAGGGAAGGGCUUAAACACUUGCCCGGCCCUUAUGGCAUGUGUCCCACAGGCACCCAGCCCUGCAGUAGGUGUGGGCACACCUGCCUCAUCUCCCGGCUAACUCCCAUCCUGUUCCCACCUCCAGAUUCAGAACUGAGCACCAUGAACCCCACCAUCAGCAUCGCCCUCCUGCUGACAGUCUUGCAGGUGGCCAGUGGACAAAAGGUGACCAGCCUGACGGCCUGCCUGGUGGACCAGAGCCUUCGUCUGGACUGCCGCCACGAGAACACCACCACCCUGCCCAUGCAGUACGAGUUCAGCCUGACCCGAGAUUCCAAGAAGCACGUGCUCCUCGGCAACGUGGGGGUGCCCGAGCACACGUACCGCUCCCGCACCAACUCCACCAGCAGAAGCAACAUCAAGGUCCUCUACUUGUCCGGCUUCACCACCAAGGACGAGGGGCUGUACACAUGCGAGCUCCGCCUCUCGAGCCAGCCCCCGACCUUCUCCAGCAAGAAUAUCUCCGUGCUCAGAGACAAACUGGUCAAGUGUGGGGGCAUAAGCCUGCUGGCCCAGGACACCUCCUGGCUGCUGCUGCUCCUGCUCUCCCUGCCCCUCCUGCGGGCCAUGGAUUUCAUCUCCCUGUGACUGGCUGGGCCCAUGGAGGACACAGGAAGACACAGGCCUAGUCCAGAGAUCCUCCUCUUCUGGGUCGGCUGACCCCUCCCCCCAUCCCUCACACGCCUCGGGAGAAAUGGGCCCAUCCCUCAUAAGGUGUCCCAGUGCUGCAUGCCAUCAGGUACCCACUCCCCACCGCCACCCCACCCACCGCCACCUCACACCCUCUCCACGCACCGUUGCUUAUUUCCUCUUGGUUCCAGAGCUGCUUCUGUCUGGUUUAUUUAGGGUUUUUCCUUCCUUUUCUUCUGGAGUUUAUGAAAAGGGAAGCCAGGGUGGGGACCUGAUGAAGAGCGGGGCCAUAGGAGGGGUUGUAGGGCGGAGGAGUACCAGUCCCUGGGGGUCAUCCUUACCCACCUGAUCCAGGCCGCCCUGGGAGAAACCUCGAUGAGGAGGGGGAUGGGGUGUGCUUGGGCCUCACGCAUCCCUAAGCAACCCCCACCCCCAGAUGUGAGGGCACUGCCAGGACUUUGUGGUCAAUGGUGUGAGAGAGUAGAGCACCUCCAGGAGCAUUCUCUACCGCAGCACAAAAGCUGUCCUCUUCUCUGCAGAGGUCCCUCGGGGCCUGGGCCCAGUCACGGGGCAGUGGAUACAGAUUCUGCCCAGAGAGCAGCGCCAAUGGAGGGUUUCGGGGGUAGAAGGGAGAGUCCAUCAUCCCUCCCUACCUACGGAGGCCAGAAAGGGGAGCCUGCUGUCCCUCACUGCCUCACCCAGUAGUUGAGAAGGUGGCCCAGGCUGUCCUAAGCUCCUAAGAACUUCCAGGAUGCUGGCCUGAGGCAGCGAGGCAGGCCAUGGGGAGCCCCAGAGCCCUGCAGCUUGGCCCACGUGUGUUCCCCUUCCCUCUUCAGCCAGUAUCCACCCCAGCUGGCUGGUGCCUGAGCCUCAGGCAGCCCCUGCCCCACAACCUGCUUUCUCAGGGAUCUCCGGGGGGCCUGAGGCCGGCCAUGGAGUGAGACCCGAGCAUGGGACAUGCCUUGAGAAAUGACUUUUCCCAGCACCCAGCUCCCCACCCAGCAGCUCUGCCCUGUCCUGUGGCCAUGCAUAGUGCCACCACAGCUUACAGCAUCUCACUGAGGAAAAAGAAAGCUGCACAAUAAAACCAAGCCUCUGGAAUCUGUCGUCCUGGCGCCUCCUUUAACCACGCGUCCAGGAGGCCCCACCUGCCACCUCUUGCUGUCCCUCUUCCCUGCUUUCAUCAGCCCUUCCCCUCCCCCAGCCCCUGGGGUGGACCAAUGCAUGCUGGACGACUCUGAACAACUCUCACAUGACACAUUUGCCCAAAUAAAUGAAUGUUCCAUCUCUGCUGA